UUGGGGACCUAAAUUAGUUGGUGUUCUUUGAUUAAUACGUCUUUUAUAUUUUGUGUUUAAUUUCUAGUUGCGUCUAUUUUACACAGAUACAAAAAAAGCUGCCCUCAGAGUAGAAGAAGUCUGAAAUCAAACCGUCCCCGGUAUGGGGCUGUGGCAUCUUUCUUGCAAUCACUGGUCACUCAGACAGAACCUCGCUUUGCUAUGUUUGGGCCAGGGUUGGAAGAGCUGGAUGACUCUUUAGUGCAGAAGAUGAUGACUUGCCCAGAAAUUCUGCUAGUGGCUGGCCUGCCUCAAAGACGAAUUCAUGGGAUUGGAUCAGGAGUAAGUUUUCAGUUCAGUAACAAUCAAAAAUUCAACAUUCUAACAUUGUAUUCAACCACCAGUGUGGAAAGGAGAAGAGCAAGGGCGGAACAAGCUGUUGUUGUCAAUAAGAUGUUCUACCAAGACAGCACUACAGUGGGAAAUCAGCAAGCGGUGCACUACAGUGUAAUAGCUCAAGUGAAAAAGGUGUGCCAAGUAGUUGAUGGAUUCAUCUAUGUUGCUAAUGCAGAAGCUCAUAAAAAGCAUGACCGUGAAGAAGAACUGGCCCAUAUUUUAGCAAUGACCGAUCCUGCUCUUGGGCCGCGAAACAGACCUCUGCUGGUUUUGUCUUGCAUCUCUCAUGUUGGUGUGGAAAGAAUUCCUUGUGUUUACAUGGCACAUCAUUUGCAACUGAAUCUCUUACAUCAACCCUGGAUGGUGCAGGAUACCGUAGCUGCUACUUUAGAUGGACUGCUAACUGGACUUGAGUGGCUUUUGGAAGAAGUGGACUGUAAAAAUGCCCUGUAAU